AUGUUGUCUUAUGUGAAUGUGAUCUCAAUACUAAAAGAAAUCCUAGAGAUUGUAAGACAGGCCGAAAAAAAUGGCACAAGAUACGGAAGUUUGCGCGCUAAGUUGGAGACGCUUGAAGCUCGUUCUCGUCUUCGUUUUCGUCAUAAUUCGAGAAUCCAAGAAAUCCAAAGGCAGAUUCGCCAGAUGAUAAAUGUCAAACAGAUUGCAGCCAAGAUUAAGGAAUUGGAAGAGGAGUUGGAUUCGGCUCUAAUCGCAAUCACAGCCUUUAUGGCAGUUAUACUCCCGGGUAUUAAUCAAAAAUUAGGCCAGCAUGGUGGUGAAAAGUGCUCGGACUAG